AUGGGGAAUACGGCUGGUGGAGGCUCAGUGAGCAGGGCUUUGGUCUCUGAUGGAGGAAGUAUACUGAGCUCUACGGGGAGUAUGGGUGGUGGAGGCUCAAUGAGCAGGGCUUUGAUCUCUGAUGGAGGAAGUAUACUGAGCUCUACGGGGAGUAUGGGUGGUGGAGGCUCAAUGAGCAGGGGAUUGAUCUCUAAUGGAGGAAGUAUAAUGAGCUCUACGGAGAGUAUGGGUGGUGGAAGCUUAUUGAGCAGGGCUUUGAUCUCUGAUGGAGGAAGUAUAAUGAGCUCUAUGGGGAGUAUGGAUGGAAGUACUGAACAUAAUAGAUCAAUGAUGAUUGGGCUCCAAGGAUUUCCACAGGUUUAUUCUAUGCCUGGAAGCUCCUGCCCUUCUGCUGCUGGAGGACAUUUCCAAACUCAUGUUCAAGCAAUGAACAGCCUAAGCUCUAUGAGCUUAAUGAACUCCAACUACAUGACAAGAACUCUCAAGGGCGUUUAUGAUGUUAAAGAAAACUUUUUUAUUCCCACCUCGAAUGCUCGCCGUGUUGGACCGAGAAACUCAGUUUUUGGAGCUCGAACUUUGGUAAAUGCCACCAGCUCUCGAGCACCACCACCACCGAGCUCCAUGGGGAAUACGGCUGGUGGAGGCUCAAUGAGCAGGGCUUUGGUCUCUGAUGGAGGAAGUAUACUGAGCUCUACGGGGAGUAUGGGUGGUGGGGGCUCAAUGAGCAGGGCUUUGAUCUUUGAUGGAGGAAGUAUACUGAGCUCUACGGGGAGUAUGGGUGGUGGAGGCUCAAUGAGCAGGGGAUUGAUCUCUGAUGGAGGAAGUAUAAUGAGCUCUACGGGGAGUAUGGGUGGUGGAGGCUUAUUGAGCAGGGCUUUGAUCUCUGAUGGAGGAAGUAUAAUGAGCUCUAUGGAGAGUAUGGAUGGAAGUACUAAACAUAAUAGAUCAAUGAUGAUUGGGCUCCAAGGAUCCCCACAGGUUUAUUCUAUGCCUGGAAGCUCCUAUCCUUCUGCUGCUGGAGGACAUUUCCAAACUCAUGUUCAAGCAAUGAACAGCCUAAGCUCUAUGAGCUUAAUGAACUCCAACUACAUGACAAGAACUCUCAAGGGCGUUUAUGAUGUUAAAGAAAACUCUUUUAUUCCCACCUCGAAUUCUCCCCGUGCUGGACCGAGAAACUCAGUUUUUGGAGUUCCAACUUUGGUAAAUGCCACCAGCUCUCGAGCACCACCACCACCGAGCUCCAUGGGGAAUGCGGCUGGUGGAGGCUCAAUGAGCAAGGCUUUGGUCUCUGAUGGAGGAAGUAUAUUGAGCUCUACGGGGAGUAUGUGUGGUGGAGGCUCAAUGAGCAGGGCUUUGAUCUCUGAUGUAGGAAGUAUACUGAGCUCUACGGGGAGUAUGGGUGGUGGAGGCUCAAUGAGCAGGGGAUUGAUCUCUGAUGGAGGAAGUAUAAUGAGGUCUACAGGGAGUAUGGGUGGUGGAGGCUUAUUGAGCAGGGCUUUGAUCUCUGAUGGAGGAAGUAUAAUGAGCUCUAUGGGGAGUAUGGAUGGAAGUACUGCACAUAAUAGAUCAAUGAUGUUUGGGCUCCAAGGAUCUCCACAAGUUUAUUCUAUGCCUGGAAGCUCCUACCCUUCUGCUGCUGGAGGACAUUUCCAAACUCAUGUUCAAGCAAUGAACAGCCUAAGCUCUAUGAGCUUAAUGAACUCCAACUACAUGAGAACUUUUGGAGCUCCAACUUUGGUAAAUGGCACCAGCUCUCGAGCACCACCACCACCGAGCUCCAUGGGGAAUACGGCUGGUUGA